AUGCAUAUUUUGACUUGUGGCCAUCUUCAUGCUGCUUUGCUUGGGAAGAAAAUUCAGACUUAUAUAGAUAACAAUCUCGAGAGAGGAGAUGAAAUUGCACCUACCCUUCUCGAAGCAAUAGAGAAAUCAAAGCUUUCGAUAAUCAUUUUCUCAAAAAACUAUGCUUCUUCCACUUGGUGUCUGGAUGAACUUGUGCAUGUUCUGGAAUGCAAGGGAAGAGAUGGGCAGUUUGUUAUACCGAUCUUUUACGACAUCGGACCAUCACAUGUAGGUAAGCAGCAGGGUAGUUAUGCAGAUGCAUUUACUCAACUUGAAGAACGUUUCAAGGACAAUAUGGACAAGGUACACAAGUGGAGGGUUGCUUUGAGGAAAGCAGCCAAAAUAUCAGGGUUCGAUAAUUCAAGCAAAACCGGGCUAGAGUCUGAUUUAGUUAAGAAAGUUGUCAAAGAUGUUUUGAGCAAAUUGAACCGCAAAACAUCAAGUGAUUUAAAGGGCUUGGUUGGAAUUGAAAACCGCAUCGAGGAAAUUGAAUCAUUAUUAUGCAUUGAUGAUGAUUCGCUAGAUGUUUACAGUGUUGGUAUUUGGGGCAUGGGUGGUAUUGGCAAGACCACUCUUGCUGAUGCUAUAUUUCACCGAAACUCUUCUAAAUUCGAAGCUUCUUGUUUUCUUGCAAAUGUUAGGGUGAAAUCAGAAGAAAAAGAUGGACUAAUUCACUUGCGAAAUACACUUCUUCGGAAGAUAUUAGAUGAUGAGAAUCUAAAUAUCGACACUCCAUCUAUAGGACCUGAUCAUGUUAGAAAGAGGCUAAGUCGUACAAAGGUCCUGAUUGUUCUUGAUGAUGUGAAUGACUCAAGCCAAAUAGAACUUCUAGCUGGAGAUCAUGCUCAGUUUGGCCCCGGAAGUAGAAUCCUUAUAACAACUAGAGAUAGGAGCCUACUUAAGAAAACUGUUGAAGAUGAUAAGAUAUACAAGGUUAAGGCAUUAACACACGAUGAAGCUCUUCAACUUUUUCAUUUGAAUGCUUUCAAAAAUAACGCUCCUAGAACAGAAUAUACAGAGUUGGCUGAAAUGGUGGUGGGUUAUGCUGGAGGCAUUCCAUUAGGUGUUCAAAUUUUGGGUUCCUCAUUCCUACACUGUGAGAGCAAAGAAGAUUGGCUAGAUGAGUUGAUCAAAUUGAAAGAAGUUUUAAGCAAAAAGAUCCAGAAGGUGUUGAGACCUUUUGAUGGAUUGGAAGAGAAUGUGAAGGAGGUGUUUCUUGAUAUAGCAUGUUUUAAUAAAGUGGAGACGGAGUAUAUUGUAAAAAGAAUGCUAGAUGCUAGUGGUUUUCGUCGAGCACUUAGAGUUCUUAGUGAUAAAUCUCUCAUAUCAAUUUCAGAAAGCAUGUUCAUUGAAAUGCAUGAUUUGCUACAAGACAUGGGCAGGGAAAUUGUUCGUGAACAAUGUAUUGAAGAGCCCGGAAAACGGAGUAGGUUGUUUAUGGCUGAGGAUGUCUAUCACAUGUUGAAAAACAAUACGGGAACUGCAACGGUUCAAGCCAUAUUCUUUAACAUGUCUGAGAUUGGACAGCUACACUUGCAUCAUGCAGACUUCAAAAAGAUGUAUAAUCUAAGAUUGCUUCAUGUUGACAAUUCUAGAUUUGGAAAUUACUGGGAUUUGGAAGUUUCUCUUCCCAAUUCUCUUAGUUAUCUUUGCUGGGUGGGAUAUCAAUUGAAAUCAUUGCCCUCAGAAUUUUCUCCAGAAAAUCUUGUCGAGCUUCGAAUGUCCUGCAGCAAUGUGGAACAACUUUGGAAUGAAGGCCAGAAUCUCGGGAAUUUAAAAGUGAUCGAUCUUAGUUACUCCAGAAAACUGACUGAAGUUCCAGAUCUCUCUCUGAGUCCAAAAGUUGAGUAUAUAAAUCUUGAAGAAUGCACAAGUUUGGUUCAAAUUCCUUGUUAUCAAAGUCUUGACAAGCUGAAUUAUCUUAACAUGGGAGGCUGCUCGAAUCUCAAAUCUCUUCCAGAGAUACCAGGAAAUGUUGAAUACUUAGAUAUAAGUAGCACUGCAAUAAAAAAAUUGCCUUCAUCAGUUUUGACUAAUGAAAAAUUAUCUUUCUUGGAUAUUGAAUGGUGUAAGGACCUUGAAAAUCUACCCAGCAGCAGUAGUAAGCUAAAAUUACGUCAUUUGAGUUUACGGGGCUGCUCAUCUCUUCGCAAGUUUUCUGAGCUUCCCAGGAAUAUGACCGAGUUAGAGUUGACUGAGACAUCAAUAGAAGUAUUGCCCUCGUCAAUUGAGCAUCUCUCUUGUCUCAAGAAAAUUAUACUGGAAAAUUGUAGAAGGUUUGCGAGCCUCCCAACGAGCAUCUGUAAGUUGAAUUCUCUUGAGAGACUUAUUAUCACUCGUUGCUUCAAAUUUAAAAACUUCCCAAAGAUCUUGGGGCGUAUGGAGCAUCUAUACUUUCUUAGUUUAUCAGAAACAGCAGUUAAAAAGCUACCCUCGUCGAUUGGAAAUCUAAUUGAGCUUCAAACAUUAGAGCUGUAUCGGUGCAAAAACCUUAAGUUUGUCCCGAGUAGCAUCUACAAUUUAAAAUGUCUUAAAACUCUCAUGUUUGGUGGCUGUUCGAAACUUAAAAACUUGCCUUCCUUCUCAGUUGAGAUCCAUGAUUCCCUCAUUUGCUUAACUGCGUUACGAGAUUUAGAUCUAAGUGGAAGCAAGAUCAGGAGCUUACCUGCAAGCAUCAAACAAGCUUCUCAGCUGUCUAUACUGCGCCUAACCAAUUGCAAGAGGCUUCAAUCUUUACCAGAGCUCCCAGUGCUAGUCAUUCUUGAAGCACAUGGUUGCACUGCGCUGAAGACACUGCAAAGUUCAAGGACUGCACACACACAACAUUCCGAUGAAUCUUCUCAUCCGUCCGAUGAACUAAAAGUAGAAGAUAUUAAACUGAGAGAGCUGGUGAUGAGUAUGAAGCAAGUGGAAGUGAUACUUUCGGCGCCCUGUGUGCAAGGGCAUGGAAGUGGAUAA